CAUUUACUCCCAAAGUCCUAAAUUCCUAAUGCUCGUUUCCCUUUCUCUCUCGCUCUAGAAAUUCAGAGACAACCCCGCUUUCUCUCUCUAGAGUUGAAACUUCGGCAGUAGAAAGAAGGACAACAAGAAAUCACAAGAGGAAGUGCGUCGAAUUCUUCACCACUGAUCACGCUUUCGCGAUGCACCGUGUGGGUAGUGCGGGGAACACAAACAGUUCUUCUCGCCCUCGUAAGGAGAAGAGAUUAACAUACGUGUUGAAUGAUUCUGUUGACACAAGGCAUUGUGCAGGCAUAAAUUGUUUGGCUGUACAUAAAUCUGCAGUAUCUGAUGGGUCUGAUUUUCUCUUUACUGGGAGCCGUGAUGGCAGGCUAAAACGAUGGGCAUUAGCUGAGGAUGCAGCAACAUGCUCAGCUACCUUUGAAUCUCACGUGGAUUGGGUUAAUGAUGCUGUUCUUGUUGGUGAUAAUACACUUGUUUCUUGUUCUUCAGNNNUGUUGAUCACAUGGAAUGCAUUUUCCAAUGCAACGUGUACUAGAACACUGCGCCAACACACUGACUAUGUUACUUGCCUUGCUGCUGCAGGGAAAAAUAGCAAUAUUGUUGCCUCUGGUGGCCUUGGUGGGGAGGUUUUUAUAUGGGACAUUGAAGCUGCGCUUGCUCCAGUUUCCAAGAGCAAUGAUGCUAUGGUUGAUGAUUCUUCAAAUGGUAUCAAUGGCCCUGGCAAUUCACUACCAUUGGCUAACAUACGGACCAUCAGCUCAAGCAACAACAUAUCCAUGCACACUACUCAUACUCAGGGUUAUGUUCCAAUUGCUGCCAAAGGCCACAAGGAGUCUGUUUAUGCAUUGGCAAUGAAUGAAGGUGGAACACUUCUGGUUUCUGGUGGCACAGAAAAGGUUGUGCGUGUUUGGGACUCGAGAUCUGGAUCAAAGGCUCUGAAGCUAAAAGGGCAUACAGAUAACAUCAGGGCUUUGCUCCUGGAUUCCAGUGGCAGGUAUUGUUUAUCAGGAUCUUCGGACUCUAUGAUAAGGCUUUGGGAUAUAGGCCAGCAAAGAUGUGUUCAUUCUUAUGCAGUUCACACAGAUUCUGUUUGGGCACUUGCCAGCACCCCAACGUUUAGUCAUGUCUAUAGUGGUGGGAGAGAUUUUUCACUAUACUUAACAGACCUGCAAACAAGAGAAAGUAGUUUGCUUUGCACAGGGGAACAUCCUAUUCUUCAAGUGGCAUUGCAUGAUAAUAAUAUAUGGAUUGCAUCAACAGAUUCUUCAGUUCACAGGUGGCCUGUUGAAGGACGCAAUCCCCAAAAUAUUUUGCAACGAGGCAAUUCAUUUUUAGCUGGAAACUUGUCCUUUUCAAGAGCAAGGGUGUCACUAGAGGGAUCUACACCUGUUCCUGUUUAUAAAGAGCCCAACUUAACCAUCCCUGGCACCCCUGGAAUAGUGCAACAUGAAGUUUUAAAUAAUAAGAGGCAUGUUCUGACGAAGGAUACUUCUGGAUCAGUCAAACUAUGGGAGAUUACUAGAGGUGUUGUGAUUGAAGAUUAUGGGAAGGUUUCAUUUGAGGAAAAAAAGGAAGAGCUAUUUGAGAUGGUUAGCAUUCCCGCAUGGUUCACUGUGGAUACUAGGCUUGGAAGUUUGUCUGUACAUUUAGAUACACCCCAGUGCUUUUCUGCAGAGAUGUAUUCAGUUGAUCUUAACAUUGCAGGGAAGCCUGAAGAUGAUAAGGUUAAUUUGGCUCGAGAAACUCUUAAAGGGCUCCUGGUUCAUUGGUUGAUAAAACGGAAGCAAAGAAUGGGUUCCUCGGCUCCAGCGAAUGGGGAAUUAUUAUCUGGAAAGGAUAUUGCUACUAGAAGUCAUACCCAUUCAAGAAUUGAAGUUGAUAGUAGUUCUGAGAAUGAUGCUAUGGUUUAUCCUCCUUUUGAAUUCUCAGGUGUUUCACCUCCAUCCAUUAUUACAGAGGGCACACAAGGAGGUCCAUGGAGAAAAAAAAUCACGGAUUUGGAUGGAACUGAAGAUGAGAAAGACUUCCCAUGGUGGUGUUUGGAUUGUGUUUUGCAUAACCGGUUGCCUCCCAGAGAAAAUACUAAGUGUAGCUUCUAUUUGCAUCCAUGUGAAGGUUCUUCAGUCCAGAUCCUCACACAAGGGAAGCUAAGUGCUCCACGUAUAUUAAGAAUUCACAAAGUUAUUAAUUACGUUAUAGAAAAGAUGGUCCUCGACAAACCUUUAGAUAGCUUAAAUACCGAUGGUAGUUUUGCCCCUGGACUUGCUGGGCCACAAUUGCAGCAUCAAGUAGUUGGGGAUGGAUCUUUUCGAUCUGGAUUUAAGCCUUGGCAGAAGCUUAGACCUUCUAUUGAAAUAUUGUGCAACAAUCAGGUGCUGUCUCCUGAAAUGAGCUUAGCUACUGUGAGAGCUUAUAUAUGGAAGAAAUCAGAUGACCUGGUCUUAAAUUACAGAGUGGUCCAAGGCAGGUGAAUACAAAUUGCAAUUGCAUCGAGGUUUUCUUGUGCUUGUGUAAAAAUACUUCUGAGCAUUGGUUCUUGGAUGCCUGAAUUGAUCGGUUUGUAAAUUAUGGGAUCACUCGUUGAUGACCGAAUUCGCGGCCGUUCUUCUGACCAGUUUGGCUAGUGUCUCUUAAGGACAUAGCUCCUACCAUAAAAUUUUGAAAUAUAGGCGGCGUGCACACCUUUGCCGGACAUGGCAGAGUCGUGGGGUGUUCUUCUGCAUCUGGCUACAUGAGGGUUUAAUUUUUAAUUGACUGUUGAUAAUUAGUGGGUUGGGGAUCAUACUUGCAUAUUGUGGGGGGUUGUUUCGUUCAGGAAUCAGGUAUAUUGAAAUUUAGAGAUGACAACGAAAACGUUGUAAAUUUGGACUGUGCAUUAAGUACCUAGCCAUAGAAAUUCAAUUUGUGUUUCUCAGAGUGUAACUUACAUUUAGCUCCCCCCAUUUUUUUAAUAAAAUUUUGUUAAUUAUUAAUUGCUAAUAAUAUUUUCAUUUGUUCAAAUUAGACAGUUGGAUAUCUGAUAUCUCCUAUGGAUAGAUGCUCUUCUGUUGUCUUCUCAGCCUGUCAGCCAUCCACUGUUUGGUUUGUAUUUACCUUUGUCUAUCUAUGUAUUUCUCUAUGUAUAUUUGAGAAGUUUAAGAAUGAGGCAGUGUUGAAAUCUUAGCUGAUAACGUAUUCAGUUUCGUGUCCUAGGCUGACAUUAUUGAACUUGUAUUUGUCGGUUACCGUUAGGUGCCUCCGUUGCCUUCGUUUUAUGAAUAUGUGUUUAAACUCAUUAAUUUAACGAGUUAAUAAUAAUAUAACUCAUUGGACACUUGCAGAGGUUA